CAACUUCGACUUGUUUAUGAUCGUACUUUGUUUACUCAAGUGUUACUUAACCUCGGGUGACAUUCCGCUCCCGCCUGUCAAAAACAUCCUCCCUCGAUUGUUUACAAAAGGACAGAAGAAGGAGACGAGAAGGGAUACCACUUAUUACUGUUCAAUUUCAUACGCUGAAGCGACCACUACCUCCCCGCCACCUCCCGCUUUGAAUUGUUGCACAUUCCAAGUAUAUUCAAGAAAAGUGCGAUGGCGCAUGACGAUGAUAUUGACGUGGCCGAAGGCAAAGACGACAUGGCCAGAAUAGAUGAUGACGUGGGGAUAUCUUGUACCCUCGACAUGUUCCGCGAGUACGAAGAGGUGAAACAAAUGCUGACAUCUAUUGAGCAAGCAGUUGAGACUGACCUGGGUGCAGAGAAAGCUUUUGAAGAUCUCACUAAAAUUUUGGACUCAUAUCAGGAACAACCCCAUUUGUUGGAUCCCUACCUAGAACAAAUGCUAACCGAGCUGAUAAAGAUUUCCAGCGCCCCAGAUGCACCAAGCAAGGUUACCUCACAAGCGUUUAAGUAUCUCUGGUUGAUAAUUAAAGUUCGAGGUUACAAGAAUGUCUCACGGAAGCUCCCUCAUGAGGUAAAUGAUUUGAUUCCUGUGUUGGAGAUGAUGGAAUGUGAAGAAGAAGCCAAAGACUUCUAUCGAUGUUUCGUUCUUCUUCUGUGGCUUUCAAUUAUCGUUUAUAUGCCAUUCAAUAUGAAGGGCUUUGAUGCCACAGUCAAGAAAUCACCUGCUCAGUCAGCAUCCCCUACAGUAGUAGAAAGGCUCAUGAGUGUAAUCAAGACACAUCUGAAGUCUUCUCAGCAGUCACGCGAGAUGGCUGCCUUCGUAGCAUCAAAAUUUAUAACAAGACCUGAUUUGAGGGAGAAAUAUGUACCUGAGUUUUUUUCUUAUUGUUUUGAUAUUUUGUGUAAUGAUCAGGAUCCAGACAUACACAAUAUUUUCCAUAAGCUUGGAGUUUUGCGAGCUCUUGGUUUGAUAUUCAAACAUGGAAAAAGAGAAGAAAUGCUUCCAUACUCAAAGGGAGCCCUAAUGCGUAUAAUUGAGAGCAAGUCAACCACUUGUAUCGAUACUCCUGUCCGAAAACUUGCAAUGAAACUCAUUCAGCGCAUUGGUCUAACAUUCUUGAAGCCCAAAGUUGCCACCUGGCGAUAUCAGAUGGGGAGCAGAAGUUUAUCCAUCAACAUUCAAGGUGCCUCAUCUCAGGACGAGUUUAAGAAGGAUCUUGAACUCAAGGAGCAUUGUGAUGAUGAUGACGAUGAAGUUGCUGCAGAGGUUGAAGAAGUUAUUGACUGCUUAUUACAAGGAUUAAAGGACAAGGACACUAUUGUCAGGUGGUCUGCAGCUAAAGGAAUUGGACGUGUAACAGGACGCUUACCUCAAGAAUUUGCAGAUGAGGUUGUUGGAGCAAUUUUAGACAACUUUUCAACAAGGGAGUCAGACAAAGCAUGGCAUGGGGGAUGUUUAGCAUUAGCAGAGCUAGCUCGUCGAGGAUUGCUGUUGCCUGAAAGACUACCUGCCAUAGCACCAAUUCUUGAAAGAGCUUUGGUGUAUGAUGAAUUGCGUGGACAAUGCUCUGUAGGAUCAAAUAUUAGAGAUGCUGCUUGUUAUUUGUGUUGGGCAUUUGCCAGGGCUUAUCAUCCUGACCAGAUGCUGCCUUACGUCAAACAAAUUGCAACUGGACUUCUUAUUGUGGCCUUAUUUGAUAGAGAGAUCCCAUGCAGAAGAGCAGGCUCGGCUGCAUUCCAAGAGCAUGUAGGUCGUCAAGGCACUUUCCCUCAUGGAAUUGAAAUUCUUACAACUGUUGACUAUUUUGCAGUUGGUAAUCGGUCAAAUGCUUUUCUGAAUUUGGGUGUGGAGGUUGGCAAAUAUCCUGAAUACACCCAGGCAUUGAUAGAUCACUUAGUUGAGAGGAAAGUCAAUCACUGGGAUUCUGCAAUCAGGGAACUUGCAGCAAAGGCCCUUCACAAUUUAACUGCAUUAGCUCCUGAUUACAUGAAUAAAACCAUAGCACGAAAGUUACUACAAGAGUCAACAGGUCCUGUUCUUGUGGCAAGACAUGGGGCCAUUAUGGCCCUGGCAUAUAUAACACAUGCACUUGCCCUUGUAGCAGAGAAGAAUGGCAAAAAUAUAGAACAUUUUAUGGACAAUGAUGUCUUAGAAGGAAUCAGACAGAUAGUCCCAACUCUGGAGGAGAGGAAACUAUAUCGUGGUAUGGGUGGAGAGUACAUGAAACAUGCUACAGCAAUACUAAUAGAAAAAGCAUCGCUUGCUAAACUACCUUUUCAUGGACAGGACAUCCUUGACAAGUGGUAUGAACUUUUGGAGGACUGCAUUGUUCGGGUAGAUGAGAACCUCAGGAAUACAGCGCUUACUGCCUUACCGCCAUUUUGGGUGACUUACUUCAAACCAACCACAGAAGCGAACAUCAAAUGGAGAAAUAAUCUCAUUAAUCAUUACACAGAAGGUCUCAACACAGAGAAAGAAAUGCAAAGCUUGGGUUAUGUUUCCGCAUUAGGUUGCCUACCUCAUUCUCUAGUAACUGGAAAGUUUGACAUUGUUUUGCCAGCAUUAAUAAAGGCUACAGACAUCACCUCAAGUACAGCUGGCUGGGCACAAACCAGGAAGGAAGCAAUUCUUGGAAUAGAGCGUUUAGUUGACACAGUGGGUAUCGAACCAAAAGGCAAAGUUUGUGACCAUGUUUGUGAGGAAAACCUGUUGAGUAUAUAUCAGUGUCUGCUGAAAUGUCUGGACGAUUACACCAUGGACAGAAGGGGCGACAUUGGUGCUUGGGUCCGAGAAGCUUCCAUGUCAUGUCUUCAGCAUCUGACAAUGGCUGUAAUUAAGAAGGAUCCUGCACUCUUGAAGGAAGAUAUAGUAUGUGAGAUGAUGGCUCGAAUUUGUCAGCAGGCUGUGGAGAGGAUAGAUAGGACUAGGAAGGUAGCUGGAACUGCCUUUGCUUCACUGUUGUACAGCUCUCCAAAACUUCCUCAUAUUCCAAACUGCACCGAGUUAGAAAAGAUAUUUCCAAAGGACGAAUGUGUCAACAUGAAUUGGGCAGCAGAGCGGUCCACAUUCAGGUUGUUCGUUGAACUCGUUGACCUUCCGGCUUACCGAUUUAGGGUACUUCUUGGAGUAACUUACUCUGCAGGAGGAAUUUCAGCCAAUUUGUCAAGGUUCACGAGUGAAGCAAUCCACAUGUAUUUGAAUAGCCGAGCAGAAAGCAUAUCAGGCCUCUCUGCCUUCCUGGAAACACUCCUGCAAAUAUUUGCCAAUCACCAAAAAGUAGACCGAAUAACAUUACCUCUUAUUAAGAUGCUUGGGGAUUUGCUCAGCUCUUCUGUUGUUUUAGAUACAGUAUUGGAACAAAACAAUGCGUUUACAUUGAGAAUCAUAACACUACUGAAAAAAGAAUGUUUCCGGUCAGCAGACUACCAUAAACUAGUCGGUGUAGUAGCUGUGUUUUGUGAAUUACUGAGAAUCGAAGGCCCAUCUAUCAAACCAUGUCUUACUCAGCUGUCACUCUUUUUGGGGUAUCAGUAUCCAAAUGUACGAGCAGUAACAGCAACUAGUUUCUUAACUGCUCUUCAAGACUACAGUGAUAAAGAAAUUGUUCCUGAAAAUCACUUGGAGGAAAUCACAAAUAUUUUAGAAGAAACAGAAUGGAUGGACGACCUGGAGGAAGCUAGAAGACAAAGAAAUCGUUUGUGUGAGCUGAUUGACAUUCCCAUUCCUCAGCCAAGGAAAAAAUGAGUUCCCAAUCACAGAAUCAACCAGCUGUUGUUAAUAAGUUCCAUUUUCUUUUAAUGAAUCAAGAGGCAACUUGUUAACAAUUAGUUGGUUUGCACGUGCAAGAGAACGCACCCGUCCAGUUAAGGUUGCAUGGCUUUCAUGCAUGAAUUACGAAAGCCAACUGGUUGGUUGAAGAUUAUUGCAAGUUUCAAGUUCCAAAUGGUAAUAAGAGGAUCUUAUAUAGGAAAUAUAAUCUAUAAAUCAAAUAGUUUUAUGACUGCUUUUUCGAAUUUAUUAUUGUUAAUCUGUUAUGGUGGGAGAUUGAAGGCCCAAAUGAUACUUUAAAAUCUUUACCGAUGGAAUACUUUUAAGUAAAUUGACUGUGAUAUAUGUUCUGUAAUUCUUCAAAACUUUUCCACUAAUUUUAAUUUCAUAUUCCUUAUCAUUUAGAAGAUGUAACUAUAACAUUAAAAGAAUUUCACACUGACAUCUGUUCCUAGUUGUAAGUAUCAGUUUGAGGAAACAUGUCGCAGAGGUUUUUCCUAAGGCUAAAAUUACCAUUGUAUUGUAGUUUCACAGCUGUGAGAUGUGUAAGACAUAAUGCAUUUGUAAUUUUUCUAUGUGAUAAACUUUAUGCAAAAUAACUGUGAUAUGCUUCUGAUGCAGAUAUGUAACAAAUGCUUAGUUUUAACUACAAAACUGAAAUGUCACAAUGAUACUAUACUAUCAAAGCUUAGUAAAAUGCCCUUUGUUUUGUUUGCAACACAUUCAGUUAGCUACACUUUUUUUUAUAUCACUCGACAAUAAAACGAAGAUAUAAAUGACUUUCAUACAUCCAUCAUAACUGAUAAGUCUGUUUUAAAUUGUGACUUAAUCAACUGCAUUCAAGUUAAAAUUUUAAAUCUUGAAAAGCCUCUGUAUUUUUAAAAGUAAAAUUAUUCCAUUUUUUUACUAUUAGCAAAAUUUAUGAUGUACAAUGAAAGACACUUCAUGCACCUAUUGAUGCAAUGGAGAUAUGAACACGCAAAGACAAUGUAUGACUAUAGAAGGCCAAAAUACCUUAACAUUGUUCUGCUUAGAUAGUAUCCUAAUGAUGAAGCAUUAGAUCGAGAUCUUACCUAUAAAGAUGGUUCAGGCACAUAAUGAGUAGAGAGGAGCAGUCUAUUGAAAAAACAACAUUUAGAAGUUGCACAAUGCCAACCAGUAGCAAUGCCCAAGAAGUAAGUGAAGACAGAAUUCAGGUAGAACAUCCACAAGACAAGAGUGGAGAAAACACUCAUGAUGUCUGGGCCCCGUAAAGGGAGAAAAUGAUGUGAUAACGUUAUUAAUAGGAAUUAAGUGUUCCAGGCCAAAUCACCUAAAUGUUUUGAUGGAACUUAAAGCAAACAAAAAAAAAAGUUUUGCAACUUUAUUUCACCUGUUUGUGAAUCUCAAUUCCUGCAAUAACUGAAGACCUUCGAUGACAGUUGUGAAGUACAAUGAAGAAUUAAUCCAUACUCCCUCUUUUAAACAUAGAUGAAUGAAGAUAGAAGGAACUCUCAGAGUCCUGUUAUCAGACCUGGACGUAAGAAUAUUAUUUGCCGUUACUUUUAAGUAUUUCCUACGUGGGUCAGUCAAUCAUCCAAGAAGGAAUCCUGGCAGACACAUCAUCUAACUGAACCUCUUAUCCAAAGGUACCUUAAGCAUCCUUUAAAACACUAAUAAUUCUCCCAUCAAUUGAAAUAGGAAUCGCUUAGUUUUAAUAUUAACAUUGCUGCACAUUUCAAUACCUAUUCAUAGUGGGUUGGAGAUGGCUGUUACAAUGUGAGGAUGCAUGUUUCAAUACCUAUUCGUAGUGGGUUGGAGAUGGCUGUUGCAAUGUAUGGAGAAGAGAGUUAGAUGCUCCAAGUUGCUUGCACACCAUAAGCAGUACAGCUACUUGAAGAAAUACUGCUGCUUUGGCCAGAGCAAUUAUAUUUCUUUCAAGCUCUCAGAAUCAGCGAGCGAGUUCCUUGGGCUAUGACAUUUCAAGUGUUUCCUCUCACAUCCAAUCCCUGGAAAACUACUGUACCAAGCUUUCCUUCCUUCACUCAAGUCAUCACUUAUAUGCUUAUGCUCCUAAUCCCUUUUUUAAGACUUCCUUCCAGUUUUUUGGGAGAUCUUGAAACCAGAUCACAUUCGAGAGACCAUGCUUCAUUCAUACUAGGGACCAAAGCUGGCUUAUUUUGGUUGGUUGAUCAAAGUUCUAGAUUAAAUACGAAGGCUAAAAUGAAACCUCAGGUUAUAAAGCUAAUUUCACACUUGGUAGAUCUUUAUUAAAGCCUUGGGAAACUUGUAAACCAACUGGAGGUAAUGCAGAACAA